AUGACAAGAGCAAAGACAUCCAAGCUCAAAAUCCUUAUGAUUCAUGGUACCACAAUAACCGCAAACCCAGAUAUCAUGACCACUACUAAUCAUGAAUCCAUGUUGAUAGGCUAUACUGAAACUGGAGAGUUCUUUCGCUCAGAAGUACUUGACCUGGAGAAGGCCCUUAUGGAAGCCUUUCCAGUAGCGCCUGCCCCUGGUUAUCAUCCCGAUUAUCCGGAUGGCGUAGAGCUCGUAUACCCAGAUGGCACCUGGAGACUCAAGCCAACCGAUUGGGCCCGCUAUAUACCGGGGACCGAUCCAGGUUUUGGAUGGUUCUACAAGGUUGACGACGACGAUGAAUUUCCAGGCUUGCUCGAUGGAUUGCAAAAGCUUGGUGAUAUUAUGCGCUCGCAGGGGCCCUUUGCCGGGGUCAUUGGAUUUUCUCAAGGGGGAUUCUUGACCGGACUUAUCACAAGCAUGCUUGAGCCGGGCAGGAAGAGUUCAUUCGAUGGAGUCGACCCUAUCAAAUUUUCGAUCAGCUGCUGUGGUUUCGCUGCAUUGAACCUUCGAUACAAAGCCUUUUAUCUGCCAAAGAUUUCUGGGCCCAUGCUCCAUGUAAAUGGGCAAUUUGAUGAUAUUGUGUACGACAAAAGAAGUCGCACUCUGAUUGAUGCGACCACAGGUACUGAGGAACAGAAAGUGCUCAUUCACCCGGGUGGUCAUUCUGUCCCGACUAGCAGAUUGUACACGGAUGCGAUGGUCAUGUUCAUCAAAAAAAAACUCUCGAAUUGA